CACGACGCCGUUCUAUUUUUGACAAUAGCACGCAGAGAGUUGUCGAGAGAUGUGGGCUCAGCCGCUUCCAGUGGUCAUGGCGGUCAAGCUGCGGAGCUCUCCUCACAGCGGCAGCCGCAGGGCCGCCUCUGUAGUUGCCCAGAAAUCCAAUAUUCCAUCUGUAGAUUCUGUAUCGACGCAGCAACGGCCGAUACUCGCAAACUCCACUUCCAAAUCAACGACUCCAUCCUCCCAAACGCAACCGCUGCUAUUUUCUUCUUCCUCUGCUAUUACUCCGUCCGUACGCACCGUCAAAGCUCUGCGGAUUCGACCCACCGCCGAGUUGGGCCUCCUCUCUGUCCUCUUUGUCCUCUCCGCGGCUUUUGCGGCAGUUUUCUCCGUCGCCAUACUUUGCAUUCCUACGAUAAACGCUAUGAGAAGAUUGGCAGUUGCAGUGGGAAAACUAUCCAAUGUGGUGUCCCGGGAGGUGCCCGGAACGUUGUAUUCUCUCAAACUCUCCGGCGUUGAGAUCAACGACUUGGCCAAGCAGCUUGCUGCUCUCAGGGAACAGAUUUCCACAAGUGGGUUUGGCAAGAAUUCAGAGUGACAAUUUGUUGUUUAAUCUCAACUUGGUGUGUGUAUGUAUGUGUGCUCUUCUAUUGAGUAUUUGCAAAUUUAAUAAAAGUUUCAAUUUUUUUAA